AUGGUCACCACUCGAUUCAAGAAGUAUUCAUCUGGUAUCUCCUCCUCCAAAAUCCCUUCAGCUUCUUGCAGUUCAGAAGCUAUGGAUCCCACAGCUUCGAAGUCGACAACUUCCUCGAAAGGGAAACGGUACAAAGGAAUUUCGACUAAGCAUCCGUAUAAGAAGGUACGUAAAUCCAUUUCGUCGGGUGAGUACAGUACGGUUCCCAGUCCUGCACAUAGCUCUCAUGUAGAGCGAUCGGCAAAUCCUCCGUCGCCAGUUACAGUUAAGGAAGAAGUUCUUGAAUUCUCCUCACCUCAGAGUGCUCGUCCUUCUGUAUCUUCGUCAGUUUCAAAGUUGCCCUCGAGGCCUGAACCGAGGGUUUCUGUGGAAACUGUGGUAUUAGACUUUAACUCAUCAGACAGUGACGACAAUGUGAUCUUAUCUACUCUUCUUCACCGAACAAGAAGCACUCGUAGCAAUCAAACUACCUCUCUCAUAAAACCUCAGGCAAGUGGUGGUGUGUCUCCUAAGGUAGCGCCGCCUCGACCUAGUGAGCAUACUAAGUACUCCGGUACUCCAUCAUCCCAGGCCUCUCCCAAGACUGUUCCGCCCGGUGAAGCGGAUGAUGAGGAUGAUGAUUCAGAUGAUGAAGACUAUGCUCCAGGGACAGAAGAAAAGACUAAGGCGGAAACCACGUCCACAUCGACUGAAAACCAGAGUGCAUCUCCUAAAAAGGACCCAUCUGACCACCGAUCAACUGAAGAAUCGGGUGAGUCCUCAAUCCCUAGGUCAACUGAAGGACCAAGUGAGUUUUCGACCCUUGUGUCCACGCCAGCGCAUGUGGCAUCCUCCUCUAGCUUUCGGGGCCCACCCACUAAAGGACAACGAGUUGUUUCCACCAAGGAUGGAAGGCGAAAGGUACCCCCCAAUGUGUCGUCCAUACCAAUUGAUGGAGUAUCUUUUCACUCUGAGGAAGGAGCACACAAAUGGAAAUAUGUGGUUAAACGGCGAAUUGCGGAUGAGGCUUAUAUUGCUGACCCAUACAACUUUUGCCCGACCAUACUAGAACUGAUACGCAAUGUCAGACUUAUUCGUACUAUCUCUGAGGUUGGUCCAUUUUAUCUGCGACUCAUGAGGGAGUUGAUUGUGAGUUUACCCUCAGACUUCAAUGAUCCAAGUGCCGACGAAUAUCAAAAGGUACAUAUUCGUGGUGUGUGCUUCAAUGUGUCUCUUGAGCUUUUGAACUCUUAUCUGGGUAUCACUUUGCCUGCUGACUAUGCGGUUCCGUAUCCCUCUCCUGAACGACUGGUUGAGGAACUUACCGGUGGAACAGUCCCUGUAUGGCCAGUUGAUGGGCAGUUAGCAGUUGCCUCUCUGACGUCAACCAUUUUGACUCCUCUGGAUACUGUAGGUUCAACACCUUGGGUUAUACCGCUCAGUAUGCGCCUAUUUCAAGGGGCUCACUUUCUUGAUGUUGCUGUUGAGUUUGACAAUACUCCAGGCGAAACCAGUACUCCUGCUGUCUCGCAACCUGCGGUUGGCCAUCCUGUGACUCUCUCUGUAUCACUUGCCAAUCGAUUGCCGCAAGCCCUUAUUGCUGAAUCUCGUGCUCUGACCCGUCAAAUAAGUGAGCUAACUGAUCGCCGCACUGUAUUGGAUCCUGUCAUCAGUGACCUUCGACGUGUAGCCUCUGGAACUACCCCUCCUCCAUCUGAUUAA